AUGAAACGUUCUCGAGGAAAUAGAUCGAUUGAAGCAUAUCAAUUUAGUCAAAGAGACAUUGCACCACGUGGCAUUAAACCGAUCGAGGACCACAUUGAACGAACACCCGAGUAUAAUGCCUUCAUGAAAAAUUUAGAAGAGUUUCAUAAAUCUCAUGGUACUACCUUACAAAAGGAGCCUGUUUUGGGUUCCAAAAAAUUAGAUCUCUAUAAAAUAUAUCGAAUGGUAAUUGCAAACGGCGGUUGCGAGAAAAUUUGUUCCGAGAAGGCAUGGAAAAAAAUUUGCGAGCCGUUCAAUUUUCCUCAUACUUGCACGAACAGUGCUUACGUGAUGAAGAAUGUUUAUAUUAGAUUUUUGGAAGCGUAUGAAUUGGAGAAUCAUUGGGGUAAACCUGUUCCUUACGGAGGUCUACCUAAUCGACCAGGACCGCCAACUCCACAACCACAGGAUCAAUUUUCGUCUACUCCUCAAGGAAAUAUCACACCACCAAAAAAAGUUCAUUCUCUAGACAAUAUGAAAAGUUUACAAUCAUUGCGUAUUAUGCCAAGUAAUCACGAUCCGAUAACGCCAAUUCAACAUUAUGCUAAUUAUGAUCAACCUAGUGUUUUAAUGGAACACUAUAUUGAUGACGAAAUAGAAGAAGAGCACGGAAAUAAUAAUCGUGUCCUUCUUGCUUUGAAAUCUCAACUACCAAAUGAAAUUGAUUGGGCAUUUGAAGUGUUGAUACAACUUUCAGAGGAUGAAAAUAUCAUUUUUUAUAUAGAUAAAAUCCCUGGACUAAUAGAUGUCAUUCUUACAUUCGUGGCACCUUUCUAUAAGGACAUGCGGAAACUUACAGAAUUAGCCAGUGUUAAAGAAAUUGGGAAAGAUGGAGAUUAUCUUGAAUCUACUAUUAAAGAAUAUUUUAGUUCACUAGCAAGUACUGAACAAUUGAAACGAGUAAUGCAAAUAUUUCUAAUAUUCCGAAACUUUUCAUUCCUGGAAUUUAAUUCUGAAAUAAUGGCCACUUAUAAACCAUUGCGAAGAUUCCUUAUCGAAGGACUUAAUUUACCUGAAAUUACUCGAUUUUCUGAGUUGAGGUAUCAUUGUCUGGAAACUGUAGAAAAUAUGUGUAAAUUCAUAGUAUUGAAAAGUGGAAGAGAAGAACUUCUGUUAACCUUACCAAAGAUGAUUUGUUCCAGUGAUUCUGCUUUAAUCAUUCGUAGUAUUCGAGCAUUAACACGUUUAGCUUCCAAUGAAAACAAUGUAGAAUUUAUGCAAGAAAUCGAUCCUGAUAUGGUGGAACGUCUAGUUCAAUUUCUGUUUAUUGAUGAUGAUGAAGAAAUGAUUGUUGCCGUGCUGGAUUGGUUUUAUCAAUAUACUACUUGCGAGGAAUCAGCUUAUAAAUUAGCCCAAAUUGUACCUUGUAAUUUCGUACGACUUUUAAUAAGUUUCUUAAAACAUGGAGCAAGUGAUGAGGAUUACCUGCAAAAUCAAAGAAUGCCUGAAAAACGUCCAUUUCAAAUCCGUGGGGAAUUUGAAAAUUUUCCCGAACCAUAUCGUACGAUUGGAUGGUUAAAAAGAUAUUAUGAAGAUGCUUCCGAUGAUGGGGUUUUACAAACAGAAAUUUGGUAUGCUUAUCGUGAUCAAUUCAUGAAUUCACCCACGCCAAUGUUGCCAGCUGCAGAUGUUAUUAAGAACGUUAAUAUGGCUUUUCCAGAUUCUUCUGCAAUCAUGACAACAGCAGAAGAUGGAAUUAAACGCAGAAAAUUUCCGGAGGAAUUAUCAAGAGCUGUUCCUUUGUAUCGAUGCCGAUGGACCAAUUGUAAUGAUGUUACGUUUACAAAGGAUACUGAAUUGUAUAAGCAUGUAUUUAAUGAUCACGUAAAUACAGAACAAGAGUGUCAUUGGAUGGAUUGUAAGCGUUUUUCUAGCGGUUCAACAAAUAGGAUCGCAGUUAUUUCUCACGUCAAAACUCAUUUCCCUGUUGAGCCAGAUAUUGAUUCAGAAGGGCGAAAUCGCAAAGCAAUGACAGCUAAAACAAUGUAUAAAUAUGGUAAAAAUAAUGGCGUCAUCAAUCAUAGAACUUAUGUAUCAUCCGACACGUAUGGUGAUGCUCUUGGGAUUCCAUUAACAGCAUCCUUGAUACUUAGAAAUUUGUCUACUUCAAGGAAAAAUUUACAUUAUUUUGUUGCCUAUGAACAAGAACUUACAGAGAUGUUAGCUAAUUGUGUUGGUUUAUCAAAACAUUUAGCUGAAACAUUAAGUAAUUUGAGAUCAGCAUAA